AUGGCUUCAGCAUCGAGCGCCGGAAGGCUGUGCAUGCUGGCCUGCCGGCGGGCACUUCGCGUGCCGCGGAUGCCUCGAACACAGCCAAUUGCCUGGCACGCGCCCGCGACAACGACGAUGGGCCGGGCAUUCGCUACUUCAUCGCGGCGGCUAGCGGACGAAAAGGCCGGGCAGGACGAGGAAGGCGAUGGCGAGGCGUACAAGACGCUGGACUUGAAGCUGUUGAACAAAGCUUUCCUGGACGGCGUUACGCCGGAGAGUUUGAGGCAGCUGGAUGAGCUUGCGAAGAACAACGGAUACACGACGGUGGAGGAGUAUAUCGAGGCGACGAUGCGGGAAACGCCCGGGUGGGCGUCGGAAGACAGGGCGCUGGAGGAGGAUCUCUACAAAGACGACGUUGGCGAGAAGCCGAAUAAGUCGUCGUUCUGGUUCGACGAAGACGACCCAGAGACGAAUACGGAGGAGCACGAUGAGUUUGACGAGGACGACAUCACCUCCAUGGCGCACGGCAAGCUGGACGAGAUCCGAGACAUGAGGCACUAUGAUCGGUUGGCGGUCUGGGAGAUGCCUCUCCUUGCCAAAUUCGCCAAGCCAUUCGUCCCCCCUACAGAGAAGCAGGUGUUGAGGUGGAGGUACACGACAUACAUGGGCGAGUCGCACCCCGCCGAGAAGAAGGUGGUCGUGCAGUUCGCCCCCGACGACUUGAAGCUGUCCGAAGUGCAGACCGAGAAGCUGAAGAAGCUCGCCGGCCCGCGAUACAACCCCGAGACGGAGCUCAUCAAGAUGAGCUGCGAGAGCUUCGAGCACCAGGCGCAGAACAAGCAGUAUCUGAUCAACCUGGUCAACGACCUGAUCGCGGCGGCCAAGGACCCCAAGGACACCUUCCAGGACGUGCCGCUCGACCUGCGGCACCACAAGAUCGAGCCCAAGCCCCAGUUCCCGAAGGAGUGGCGGCUGACGGAGGAGAGGAAGAAGGAGCUGGCAGAGUACCGGCAGAAGGCGGCGAUUGCCGAUGCGAAGAGGGCUGAGGAGGGACUGUUGGUGGAUGGGCAGAAGCUGAUUGACGACUUUUUGAUACAGAAGCUGGCGGAGGAGCAGGAGAAGGAGAGGGUUGCGCUGUUGGAGGCGGUGCCGAGGGCGACAAAGUUGACGGGAGGAGGUUCAAGGGCCAGGAAGUGA